UGACCAAACAGAUGUCAACGAGUAAAUAACUCCGCCCUGUCUGCCGCUCUCUUCCGUGCAUCUUUCUCUAUGUUACUAGCCUAACAGACAGUGUAUUUUGUUAAUAUUCAUGGAUAUACAUAUUAACAAAAAUUUGUGAUGAAAAUUUUCUGCCGUCCAAAAAUCUGGAACUGAAAUCCAGGGCUAGUGACGUCCUUUACAGGAACAAUAGCCAUUACUGGCUGCCUGGCAACCUUGCACGUGACUGCGCCCCCUGCCCGCGUGCUCAGCUGCAGUGCAGUGCCGGCCGCUCUGUCUAAGUAUUGAGAUUUGCUCUGCUAUCCCCUGCCCCUGAGCGUCAUGGCUGCCUCCUCCCACGAUAAGUACUGCACACCAUUGGCCUCCAGAUAUGCCUCCAAGGAGAUGACAUACAACUUCAGCGAUGCCAAAAAGUUCAGCACCUGGAGGAAGCUGUGGACGCUGCUGGCCAAGGCUGAGCAGGAGCUGGGGCUGCCCAUUACGGAUGAACAAAUCAAGGAAAUGGAGGCCAACCAGGACACAGUGGAUUAUGACCGUGCUGCCAGAGAAGAAAAGGAGACCCGGCAUGAUGUGAUGGCUCAUGUGCGUACGUUUGCUGCUGUUUGCCCCACUGCAGCACCAAUUAUUCACCUAGGAGCUACCUCCUGCUAUGUAGGAGACAACACGGAUUUGAUUCUUCUGCGUGAUGGCUUUGAUAUACUGCUGCCCAAGGUGGCUCGUUGCAUCCACCGGCUGGCAACCUUUGCCAAGGAGUACAAAAGUUUGCCCACACUUGGUUUCACACACUUACAGCCUGCUCAGCUGACUACUGUGGGAAAGAGGGCCAGUCUGUGGUUACAAGACUUGGUGAUGGAUGAAAGGGCUCUCGCAAGGGCCCGGGAUGAUCUGAGGUUCCGUGGGGUCAAAGGAACUACUGGCACACAGGCUUCGUUCCUGCAGUUGUUUGAAGGAAAUGAGGAGAAGGUGAAGAGGCUGGAUGAAUUGGUCACUCAGUUGGCUGGCUUCAAGCAGUCGUACAGUGUGUGUGGACAAACGUACACCCGCAAGGUGGAUGUGGAGUGCCUUAAUGUUCUUGCUUCUCUUGGUGCCUCAGUUCAUAAGAUCUGCACAGACAUCCGCAUCUUGGCCAACAUGAAGGAGAUUGAAGAACCUUUCGAGUCAAGUCAGAUUGGUUCCAGUGCCAUGCCUUACAAACGCAAUCCUAUGAGGAGUGAGAGGUGUUGUGCCUUAGCUCGCUUCCUUAUGUCCCUCCCUGCCAAUGCCCUCAACACUACUGCUACUCAGUGGAUGGAGCGCACUCUUGAUGAUAGUGCCAACAGACGUAUCAGCUUGGCAGAGUCCUUUUUGACAGCAGACAGCCUACUAACCACUCUUCAGAACAUCGGUGAAGGACUGGUGGUUUAUCCGAAAGUGAUCCAGCGUCACAUCUCUCAGGAACUGCCCUUUAUGGCUUCAGAAAACAUCAUCAUGGCCAUGGUUAAAGCUGGUGGCAACAGGCAGGAAUGCCAUGAGGAAGUGCGGGUGUUGAGUCAGGAAGCUGCAAACAAAGUGAAGCAGGAAGGUGAAGAAAAUGAUUUGGUGGAAAGGAUUCGAGCAUGUCCAUAUUUUAGUCCAAUACACAAUCAACUUGACUCAUUGUUGGAUCCAGCAACCUUCAUUGGUCGUGCCCCUCAGCAGGUUGUGGAGUUCCUGAAAAAUGAAGUAGAUCCAGUGCUGAGCAAGUACGAGGGACAACUAGAAGGGAAGAUCACCCUCACAGUCUAGUUUCUUGUGUCUCCAGUAGCUUGCUAAUACUAUAUAAUUAUACUUUUCAUACUGAAGCAAAUAAAAUUUAUGGAUGGAA